AUGGCAUCCCCAGUUGCUGAACGUGUGACAUACCUUGUGGGUGGUGCUGCUCUUGGUGCAGUAUCCUACGCCGCCUAUCAAAAGUUUACCCAAAAGCCAGCUCCUCGACCUGCUCUUGUCCCUGUUCAGCAACAACAACAACAACAACUUCCCGUAUCCCAGCAACCACAACGCCCUGGUGGUGGUGGUGUCGUUACUCCUCCUUUUGAAAAGGCCAAAGCGAUCCUUCCAUUUGGUUUCCCUGGACCUGUCAACGACGUGUUGUAUCGUAAUGCGUAUGUUGUAUCUUACAAUCGACGCGAUCGCAAUCCCAACUGGGUCGCUGAACAUUUGACGGCUGAAUCGUUGAAGCGUCAAGAAGGUGUUGACCGGGGCAAUUCGACGUUUACCGAAGAUACGCAAAUUCCAGAGCAAUUCCGUGCCCGUCUUGCCGAUUACUACCGUAGUGGAUUCGAUCGUGGCCAUAUGGUGGCAGCAGCCGAUGUCAAGUUUGAUCAGACGGCCAUGAAUGAGACGUUCAAGUUGACGAAUAUUGCACCUCAAGUGGGAGAAGGCUUCAAUCGCGACUAUUGGGCUCACGUGGAGAAUUUCUGUCGCACCUUGACCAAGCAAUUCCAAGAUGUGUACGUCUUUACCGGUCCCUUGUACUUGCCCCAUCAAGAAGCCGAUGGCAAGUACUAUGUAAAGUAUCAAGUCAUUGGUAAUCCUGCACCCAACGUGGCUGUCCCCACCCACUUUUACAAGGUCAUCAUGACGCACAAGAAUGGCAAAUAUCAUUCGGCCGCCUUUGUCCUUCCCAAUCAACCCAUCCCCGAUAGCACGCCCCUUGACACUUUCCGUGUCCCUCUCAAUGCUGUUGAACGUGGUGCUGGUCUUGUCUUUUUCGAUCAAGUCAAUAAGGAUGCCAUUGGUGAUCUAUGCAAGGAAACCAAAUGUCAAAUCGUUCUUUCUAAAUUCCAUGAGGCAAAGAAGCUUGGUAAAUAA